AACCACUAAGCAGAUUUCGGCUCCAUGUUUUAAGUCGUAACAGAGGUUUUACCUGAUGUCUGAAAACUGCUUUCGGCCUACCAUUUAGAACACACAUAUACUUUCCCUAAACUUUGAUCCAUUAUUAGCUUACACCCAGUUUUUGAUCGAUCCCGGAAAAGAGAAGCAAAUGAGAAGAGGGAAGGUAGAGAUAAGAAUGAUAGAGAAUUCAUCAAGCAGACAAGUGACGUUCUCGAAAAGAAAGAAUGGGUUAUUGAAGAAAGCAAAGGAGUUGGCCAUUCUCUGCGAUGCUGAAGUUGGGUUGAUUAUCUUUUCCAGUACUUCCAAGCUCCAUCAUUUUGCAAGCACCAGCAUGAAAUCUGUUAUAGAACGUUACAACAAGCUUAAAGAGGAACAUCACCAUCAACUACUUAAUCCUUCUUCUGAACUGAAGUUUUGGAAAAAAGAGGUAUCAAGCUUGAGGCAACAACUGCAGUACUGGCAAGACUACCACAGGCAGUUGAUGGGGGAAGAACUGUCUGGUUUAAGCGUCAAAGAUCUACAAAGCCUAGAAAACCAGUUGGAAACGAGUUUGAAAAACAUUCGCAUGAGAAAGGACCAAAUUCUAACAAAUGAAAUCCAAGAGCUAAACCGCAAGGGACACCUCAUUCAUCAGGAGAAUAUAGAACUACAUAGGAAGGCAGACCUUAUUUGCCAAGAAAAUGUUGAACGUCAAAGGAAGGAAGCAAAUGAAGGCAUGUUAAUCUCCAGUUGCUCAUAUAGAAAUCUGGUCCUCACAAACUGUGGAUAG